AUGGGCCAUUCGCUGCUUGUGGCUUCCAUGGGCUUUGCCCUGCUGGGCAGCUGCUGGAUGAUGGUGGUCCUUGCCUGGCAGUACCCUUGGCUUCUGCAUCUGCUCUUUUUUGCGGUCUCAACUCUCAGCUUCUUUGGCUUGGCAGCUCUGUGCCUGUUGCUGUAUUUCAUCCAGAUGGCGUACGAGUCGGAAAAAGGUGCGUUGCAGCUGCUACCGCCAGAAGCUGGCAAGACCCUCAACCUUUCCAUCUUUGAGAUUGUGGAGGUGCUUAGCAGAGCCAUCAUGCGACCCCUCUAUGACUGGCUUCGUGUGCUCCUGUUGAUCAACUUGGACCUGGAUGAGGACACCCGCAAAGAGAUCCUUGAGGAGAUGAGCCCAGAAUUCAGGCGCCGCAUCUUCCAGUACUCCCUGGGGCAGCUCCUGCCCAAGAGGCUUCAGCGUUUCAUCUUGGGCCGACGCUACAGUGAGUCCAAGAGCCCUGGAGACAUGCAGGAGCUCUUUGGGAAUCCGACUUCGCAUCGCGAGAAGGGCGAGAAGGGCGAGAAGGGAGAGAUCCGCGUCCGUGGGAGGAGCCUGAGCCGGUCCCAGUCACUCACGGACUUGCUGGCCUUCCUGAAGACCGUCGACAACUCACCCUCGAAGCAGUCAUCUGUUAUCGAGAAGAUCUUGGCAAGCAAGGUGGCCGAUGGAGCAAUCUGGACGAUGUCACAGGGAGCUGUCCAUCAGUAUGAGAGCCAUCUCAGCAGCAGAGUCCGCACGUUCCUAGAGAAUGUCAGCAAGAAGCCAGAAAACCCCCUCCUGCGGGUCCCCUGGCGCGUCAUCAACUGGGAACUCACAGCAGCACGCUCUGUUCUGAGAACGAUGGUCUCUCUUUUCAAUGAACCGGAGGCCGAUGUGAUCCAGAAGAAGGAUGCCUAG